GCGGGGAGACGAUGAACACAGGCUGCGUCGCCGGCGAGAUCACCGGCGACAGUGCUAGUAACGGCGAGGCGGCGCUAGGGCAGAGGCAGAUGCGUGAUGCGUUGGAUCUCUCUAUCCAACGGCCGAGAAAAAACGAGUGGUUUUUUGGCCAAAAAAAUAAUUAAUGUAAAUGGGCCUUCGAGGUUGCUCGGCCCAAGGCCUGGCAGCGUCGGCUUUCCUACCCCCCAUUGAAACCACGGAAGUGCCGCAGCCCAGUCAGAAGCGCGGAGCCAGCAAAAUGCUCGCCCUCCGCAAAACCCUCCUCCCAGCGCCGCCGGCCGCCGCCGCCGCCGUCGCGUCCAGGAUCCCCUCCCUCCUCCGUCGCCUCUCCUCUUCGCCCGGAGACGGGCAGGGCGGGGACGAAUGGGGCUCGUCCUGGUCCACCGGCAUCACCAAGGACCACUUCGACGGCUCCGACGCCGCAGUCGGCCACCGGGUCCCAUCCCCGUCCGCGCCGGUCUCCCCUGAGCUGGCGGCCGUCCGGGCCAUGGACGAGGAGGACGAGAUCAUCCGCGCCGUGGAGCGCGACAACAGGGAGGCCAAGGCGUUCGUGGACUCGUGGGGCAACCGGUUCCGGGAGACGUGCGAGCUGCUGAAGCAGGUGCGCGAGCCGGGCUCCCGGGGCGCCUACCUCAAGGACUCGGAGAAGCAGGAGAUGUACCGGCUGCACAAGGAGGACCCCGAGACGUACACCGUGGAGCGCCUCGCCAAGGACUUCCGCGUCAUGCGUCAGCGGGUGCACGCCAUCCUGUGGCUCAAGGAGAUGGAGGAGGAGGAGGAGAGGAAGCGCGGCAAGCCGCUCGACGACUCCGUCGAGAUCCUCCUCGACAGUUGCCCAGAGUUUUUCAAUUCCCAUGACAGGGAAUUUCAUGUUGCAACACUUCCUUAUAAACCCGACUUCAAAGUUAUGCCUGAGGGCUGGGAUGGCACAACCCGAGAUCCUGAUGAGGUUCUGUAUGAGAUUUCAAUGAAGGAAGACCAGAUGCUGUACGAGGAAUUUGUUCAACGGUUAGAGUUUAACAAGAAGAAGGUGGCAGGCGAGGUGAAGUGCCAUAAGUACAGCAGAAGACGGCCAGACGAUGGAUGGACCUACAUGGUUGAGAAACUUGGGGCUCAGGCAAAGCGUGGCACAGGUGGGGGCUGGAAGUUCGUCAGUUUACCUGAUGGAUCAAGCCGCCCGCUAAAUGAUAUGGAGAAGAUGUAUGUGAAGAGGGAGACUCCAAAACGGCGGAGGAGGAUUAUGGCACCCUUCAAGUAACAAGAUCCUCUAUUUGCUGUUAUGCAGGUUUUCUUAACACUCCUUUUGCAUUCUUCAGGAAAGCAGACAUACUGAAAUCGAUCUCAAGUCUUAACCACCAGUGUUGGUCCUGUCCUUUUGCAGCAUAGGAGGUGGUUCUUGUAUUCAUGUUAUUUGUAGCAAGUUCCAUUGCCCCCUUUAUGUUGGAACUGUUGGCAUGUCAUUAUCACCACAUUGCCAGGCAGCACACUUGAUAACCUUGGAUAGCAGCCAGGCACUUUGUAGUCAACAUUCAUAAAUUCACCUUUUGCAAUGUGAUGCACAGUUUUGUUUAAAGCAAGCAAGCAUCCCAUAAUUAA